AUGAGCGCCUGGGUCAUCGCGAAGACGGGCGGCGACCCAGACUCGCCGUCCCUGGAGCUGCGCGAGUCGUGCCCGACGCCCUCCAAGGCCACCGAGGCCAACGUCAUCAUCAAGAUCGAGUUCGCGGCGCUGAACCAGGUCGACUUCCACUUCAUGCGCAGCCACAAGAACAACCCCUUCCGGCGGACGUCGGUGCCGGGCUUCGACUUCUCCGGCCGCAUCGUCGCCAAGGGGCCCUUCGCCCCGCUGGACCUGGACCUGGGCGACGAGGUCUGCGGCGUCAUCAGCAACGGGCUGGCUCUGAUGGGCAAGGGGACGCUGGCCGAGUACAUCGAGGUGCCCGCGUCGCUCGUCGUGCCCCGGCCGCUGACGCUCAACAUGGCCGCGACGGCGGGAUUGGGACUUGCGACGCAGGCGGCGCUGACGAUGCUACAGAGCAGGCCGGUCAAGGCCGGCCACAAGGUUGUCAUUAAUGGCGCGGGGGGCGGCGUGGGUUCUGCGCUGACGCAGAUCGUUAAGAGUGAGAAGGGCGCGUAUGUGAUUGGGAUUUGCUCUGCGAAUAACAUGGACCGGCUGGGCGAGCUGGGGGCUGAUCAUGUUCUGGACUUUGAGAGCACAGAGUCAAUACCUGACUUGCUCAGUUCCACUUACGGAGAAGACAUUGAUACCGUCUUCGACUGUGUAGGAGACUCGUCGCUGUACAAGAGUUCGGCUAGAUUUCUUAAGCGCUCUGGUGUUUAUGUUGGAAUACCUGGAGACGGCAGUAAAUUGUUCUACGGCCCCUCGCUGAAGCGUAAUGCUCUGCCCGAGUUCCUCGGCGGUGGGCCUCGACACUACAAGGCAGUGCACCUGUCGCCAUCUGGAGAUCUCCAGAGAGAAGCUGUGAGAUUGGCGGACCAGGGCAUCAUCACUGAAGUCCCGAUCGACUCAAUGUUUUGUAUGGACCAAGCCGUUGAGGCUUACGAACGUGUCAUGUCGUCUAAGACAUGUGGAAAAGUUAUUAUUAGGGUAUAA